CGGGGAGCAGCCGGGGGCCCCCGCAGGGCUCGGCCGGGCCAGCAUGGCGUCGGUGCAGGCCUCCCGCCGCCAGUGGUGCUACCUGUGCGACCUGCCCAAGAUGCCCUGGGCCAUGGUGUGGGACUUCAGCGAGGCCGUGUGCCGCGGCUGCGUCAACUUCGAGGGCGCCGACCGCAUCGAGCUGCUCAUCGACGCCGCCCGCCAGCUCAAGCGCAGCCAUGUGCUCCCCGAAGGCCGCUCGCCGGGGCCGCCGGCCCUCAAGCACCCGACGCCCAAGGACCUGGCCUCGGCGGCCGCCGCCGCCGCCGCCACGCAGGGCCCCCCGCUGCCGCCCCCGCAGGCCCAGCCGCAGCCCUCGUCCGGCACGGGCGCCGCGGGCGGAGCGGGCGCGGGAGGCGGCGGCGGCCUGUCCGGCCAGGACCGCUACGACCGGGCCACCUCCUCGGGCCGCCUGCCCCUGCCCGCGCCCGCCUUGGAGUACACGCUGGGCUCGCGCCUGGCCAACGGGCUGGGCCGCGAGGACGUGGUGGCCGAGGGCGCCCGCCGGGCCCUGCUGGGGUCCAUGCCCGGCUUGGUGCCGCCCGGGCUGCUGGCCGCCGCCGUGUCCGGCCUGGGCAGCCGCGGCCUGACGCUGGCCCCGGGCUUGAGCCCCGCCAGGCCCGUGUUCGGCUCCGACUUCGAGAAGGAGAAGCAGCAGCAGCAGCAGCGCAACGCGGACUGCCUGGCCGAGCUCAACGAGGCCAUGCGCGGCCGGGCCGAGGAGUGGCACGGGCGCCCCAAGGCCGUGCGCGAGCAGCUGCUGGCCCUGUCGGCCUGCGCGCCCUUCAACGUGCGCUUCAAGAAGGACCACGGCCUGGUGGGCCGCGUGUUCGCCUUCGACGCCGCCGCCCGGCCCCCGGGCUACGAGUUCGAGCUCAAGCUCUUCACCGAGUACCCCUGCGGCUCCGGCAACGUGUACGCGGGCGUCCUGGCCGUGGCCCGCCAGAUGUUUCACGACGCCCUGCGCGAGCCGGGCAAGGCCCUGGCGUCGUCGGGCUUCAAGUACCUCGAGUACGAGCGGCGCCACGGCUCCGGGGAGUGGCGGCAGCUGGGCGAGCUGCUCACCGACGGGGUGCGAAGCUUCCGCGAGCCGGCCCCGGCCGAGGCCUUGCCCCAGCAGUACCCCGAGCCGGCCCCGGCCGCCCUGUGCGGGCCACCGCCGCGCGCGCCCUCCAGGAACCUGGCCCCGACCCCGCGGCGCCGCAAGGCUUCUCCGGAGCCUGAGGGCGAAGCGGCGGGCAAGCUGACAUCCGAGGAGCAGCAGCAGCGGCACUGGGUGGCCCCCGGCGGCCCCUACCCGGCCGAGGCCCCCGGCGUGCCGUCGCCCAUCGCGGCGCUGAAGAACGUGGCCGAAGCCCUCGGCCACUCCCCGAAGGACCCCGGCGGCGGUGGCGGUGGUGGCGGCGGCGGUGGGCGCGCUGGAGGGGCCAGCCCGGCCGCCUCCGCCGCUGCCCCGCCGCCCACCCCGCACCGCCUGGUGGCCCGCAACGGCGACACCGAGGUCAGCCCGACGGCCGGGGCCGAGGCGGUGAGCGGCGGCGGGCCCGGCACCGGGGCCACCCCCGGCGCCCCUCUCUGCUGCACCCUCUGCCGGGAGCGCCUGGAAGACACCCACUUCGUCCAGUGCCCCUCGGUGCCGGGACACAAGUUCUGCUUCCCCUGCUCCCGGGAGUUCAUCAAGGCCCAGGGCCCCGCCGGCGAGGUGUACUGCCCCAGCGGGGACAAGUGCCCGCUCGUGGGCUCCUCGGUGCCCUGGGCCUUCAUGCAGGGCGAGAUCGCCACCAUCCUGGCCGGAGACAUCAAGGUGAAGAAAGAGCGGGACCCCUAGGCCGCAGCCCCCCUCCACCCACCGCCACCGCGGAUAAAUUAUUCCCUGCCCUGCUGCCCCCCUGUAUUUGCCCCCCGUCCUGUGUACAUACCCCCUUCCUCAGUCCCCCUGGGGUCCCCUGGGGUAGAUGCAUCAGAGGGUGGGGGGAGAGAGAGAGAGAGACAGAGCUUGUGGCUUCUGGCCGAGGGGUGUGAUGGGGUCCCCCAGCCCAGGCCCCUCCAUUUUCCCCUUCUUCCCAUCCCUCCCCUCCUUGGCUUGGCUUGGCUGCUACUUGUAGUUGGGGGGACAGGUGGACCACCCCCCCUAUUCCUCCUGGAACUGGGGGAGGCCCCCCCCAGAAAUCUCACUCUUUAUAAACGAAGCAAAAAGCAUUUAUUUCCCCAUCCUCCUUCCCCAAAAUAAAACCCCGUACACCGCUCCCUUUUUCUUCCUUCAAUAAACCGAAAGAUGGUUUGGG